AGUCCUAACUUCUUGUUACUCUCGUUUCAAACUUCAAAUCAACUGAAAAGAACCGAAAAGGCAGAAAUUCAUAGGUCUCAACCCUCACCGUUUAUUUUCAACUCAAAACCGGACCUGAAAUGUCCUGCAGAUUUCCCGCAAUUUCCCUCACAUUUUAAUCUCAAUUUUUGAUCUCAUCUCCAUUCUCAUGGCGCAAAAUCAAAAUCCUUUCGCAGAGGAAGAUGUCAAUCCUUUCGCGGAUCAGCCUAACGGAAAAGGAUCUAAGCAAUCAGCGUUUAAUGGAGGUGCUUUUUACAUGCCUAAUCCCGGUAGUGUUGCUCCUUCACCAAACCCUGUUCUCUCACCACUUCCUUCGGGACGUGCUGAUUACAAUCGUGGUGCAACAGUUGAUAUUCCUCUUGAGAAUGGAAUGGAUUUGAAGAGCAAAGAGAAGGAACUGCUAGCAAAGGAGGCUGAAUUGAAAAAAAGGGAACAGGAAUUGAGGAGGAGGGAAGAUGCUAUUUCUCGGGCUGGGAUUGUGAUAGAAGAGAAAAACUGGCCUCCGUUUUUCCCUCUUAUACAUCAUGAUAUUCCAAAUGAGAUUCCUGUUCAUCUACAGAAGUUGCAGUAUGUUGCCUUCACCACAUAUCUGGGACUUGCACUUUGCCUUCUAUGGAAUAUUGUAGCAGUCACUAUAGCUUGGAUCAAAGGGGAAGGAGUGAAAAUUUGGCUUCUAGCAAUCAUUUACUUUAUAUCUGGAGUUCCGGGUGCCUAUGUCUUUUGGUAUCGUCCAUUGUAUCGUGCUAUGAGGACGGACAGUGCUUUGAAGUUUGGCUGGUUUUUCAUUGCCUAUUCAGUUCAUAUUGGCUUCUGCAUCUUGGCUGCAGUUGCUCCACCUAUUGUCUUCGAGGGGAAAUCUCUUACGGGGAUCUUGCCUGCUAUAGAUGUUUUGAGUGGUAAUGCUAUUAUUGGGAUCUUAUACCUUGUUGGAUUUGGAUUGUUCGUUCUGGAAGUGCUACUUAGCAUUUGGGUUAUUCAGCAAGUUUACAUGUAUUUUCGAGGAAGUGGCAAAGCAGCAGAGAUAAAGAAGCAGGCGGCAAGACAGACAAUGAUGGCAGCACUAUAAUUUGGGUACAGAAAAAGUUCACCUUACAUAUGGAAGAUAUUCAAUUUUGAUUCUUUAAAAGCUUGCCGCCAAUUUAGCAGGCUUCGACUUCCAACACACACCUCUCUGGUUUGGCCACUCUAAUGUUUUGAGGUGGUUGCUAAGGUUCUUGACUGAUUAACUUUGUAGAAGUCAACAGAUCAGCAUAGAGAAUACCAUUCUACGAUGACUGUUGCUGCCAUUAUGAACAUAGGGACUAAGAGCUUGAACUUCAUAGAGUUUUCACUUACAGAAGUAUUUUUUUAGGAGCAUUGAGCUUCAUUUUAGAGUUCCACUUGCAGAAGCAGUAUUUUUUGUGUAAUCUAACUGAAUAAAUCAUAUUAUUGCAUCAUCUCCUAUUUAUACAAGAUCA